AUGCGUUGGAUGGCACCGCCAUCCCCCUCCCCCGAGGUCCAUAGUUCCGCUGAAGGGGUACAAAAGAUACCAGAUUUCGGCGAUCUGAGGCCUCACCAAGUACAUCCUUCACUGAAUAAUAAGGACGUUUUGGCUCGCCUCAAAGCCGCAAAAACCAGAUGCGGCAAACAACAGCAGCUAGGCACCGGACUAGAGGCUUGUCUGCGAGAAAUGAAAGAUGAGAUUGCACGGAGUGUGGCCAUGUCACGCAUUGCUGGACGAUCUGCACACCUCAUGGCAGAUAUUUAUUUUGGAGCAGUGAAGAUGGCAAGGGACUCUGAGGACUUCAAUGUCUUUAGUGUAUCCACCUUUGUGACUGAAAAUGGCGAGAACAGGAUACGAACACUAUCACGGACUUACACAAAUCGAGCCACCGAGAAAGCGAUUCACCGAGCGUUCAAAAUGACACUUGAGUAUGCCACUCGAGACGGCUUUUCCAUCACUGACGCAUACCAGAGCUUGCGGUUCAACCAGGAUUUUUCCAGCAUUACUGUCGAAAUUGCCAUUCCUCAAUACGCUGGCAUAUGUCAGGCACUUGCAGAAACUUUUGGCAUCGAUAGUAGAACAGCUUUCGAUCAGUUUGUCACAGGAUGUGACUACCAUUUUGUCUCACGUAUGCAUAUUAUUGCCAUCAAGGCGCUUGAAGGCUACAAAGGGUUUGAUCGAGACACCGUGAAAGAGAGCCUGUUUCAGAAAUUCAAGAGUCUGAAAGACCUUGCGGUGGACGUCAAUGGAACGUAUGACCAGAUUUGGACGAAUGCCGCUGAGAACUAUCCUGUCAUUGUGAAAAAAGCCGCCUGGUGGAAGCAGGAAGAUAUCCGACAGAUGAGUUGCCCUGCCUACUCCAAAAUGAAUUCAGAAGUUUGUGCAAACUGCUUUUCUACCACCAAUGGGGAGGAAAGUUCGCAUCAUCAGGAAGAAACUUCGACCUUGCUCAGGAUGAGCGUACUAGGAAUUGGGAAGAAAAUCAAGUCAAUCUGCAUAGUCGGGACCGUUCCCAAAAAGCACGGGAUAACCAGAACCGCCAGCGGAGGCAAAAACGUGCGACUAACAGGGAAAAGUCAGCUGACUUGGGAAGAUCAGGAGGUAGAAACUCUUGCUUCGGCACCAACAGCAUCAACAGCAGCAACGACACCGUCCAUUCCAUCAUUUCCGUCAAUCCCAAUGGCAACCCAUUCCAAAGGUCUGUGGAAGAACACCAAAGCCAUUAUCGGAUUCUCAAAGCUAGAAAGGGCCCUAACCAACGCCCUGUUGGCAGGUCAAACGCUCCAUAAGCAGAGCACAAAGAUAAAAUUCAGGCUCAACUGGAGAGAAAGCUUGGUGACGGUGAUUGAUUUGUCAGAGAAUCCCAUUGCCAUUAACCAAGUAGAAGUUGACGUCCAGCCAACUUCACAGCAAACAGUGGGGGACCUGGAAGAGGAGCUUGUAACCAUGUCUGACUCCGAGUUUGACUCUGCCCUCCAGGCUCGCUCACCUGCACCGCCCCGACCCCAAUGUAAAGCUAAAGCCCGCACUUUAGAAGAUUCGCUACAAGUAGUGAAUGCUAGGAUCAAGUUCCUGGAAGAUCGCAAUGCGGGGAAGCUCCCACUUAGCGCUGAGCAGCUAGCAGCGCAUGGGGAGAGCGUGAAGGCAUAUGAAGAUUUGCUUGCAACUCCAGGGGGCAAAGCCCUGAUUGUGAAGAAGAAAAUUCCUCGGCCAACAUUGAGGAAGCCCAUUAUCCCGGGGGAAUUGUUAUAUAGCAUGUAUGGGCACUAUGACCUGGAUAUGCAGCUGGCUGCAAAAGCUCGCUUGAUGGCCCAAAUAGCGGCACAGUCUAAGGAAUCAGUACAAAUUAUCUCCAGGAUAUAG